AUGAAUCGUUGGAUACAAAGACAAGGAGACCUGGUUUGUCAUCCAGAUGAGUUUACUUGCUCCAGUGGAAGAUGUGUUUCAAAAACAUUUGUCUGCAAUGGUGCUGAUGACUGUGGUGAUGGAAGUGAUGAAGGUGGCUGUGUUGCACGUUCUUGUACCUCGCAUGAGUUUUUGUGCAAUAGUUCAGAAUGCAUCCCCCUGAACUGGUUGUGUGAUGCACAUGCUGAUUGUGCUGACCGAUCGGAUGAAUCUCCAGUCAACUGUGGCCAUGUUCUCACAUCAGUUGUGACGUGUCCCCCCAAUGAGUUCACCUGUGAUUCUGGUGAAUGCAUUUAUCAUCUCUGGGUCUGUGAUGGUGAUAAUGACUGCGAAGAUGGAAGUGAUGAAGCCAAUUGUUGAGACCUGGUUUGUCAUCCAGAUGAGUUUACUUGCUCCAGUGGAAGAUGUGUUUCAAAAACAUUUGUCUGCAAUGGUGCUGAUGACUGUGGUGAUGGAAGUGAUGAAGGUGGCUGUGUUGCACGUUCUUGUACCUCACAUGAGUUUUUGUGCAAUAGUUCAGAAUGCAUCCCCCUGAACUGGUUGUGUGAUGCACAUGCUGAUUGUGCUGACCGAUCGGAUGAAUCUCCAGUCAACUGUGGCCAUGUUCUCACGUCAGUUGUGACGUGUCCCCCCAAUGAGUUCACCUGUGAUUCUGGUGAAUGCACUUAUCAUCUCUGGGUCUGUGAUGGUGAUAAUGACUGCGAAGAUGGAAGUGAUGAAGCCAAUUGUUUACUUCCGAACUGUAAACCUGAUUAUUUCAAAUGUGGUGGCAGUUGUAUUCCUGAAAGCAAGAAAUGUGACGGUUUUAAGGAUUGCACUGAUGGUAGUGAUGAAUUUGACUGCAAGAACUGCACUGGGCCUUUUGAUUUCCGAUGCCGAAGUGGAGAAUGCAUAAAUGUCACCAAAUUGUGUAACCAGAUACAAGAUUGCAAGGACAGGAGUGACGAACCUCUUGAAAAAUGCAACUUAAAUGAAUGCUUGGUGGGCAAUGGUGGCUGUUCUCACAUCUGCAGAGAUCUUCCCAUUGGUUAUGAAUGUGAAUGUCCAGCUGGCUUUGAACUGGUUGAUGGAAAAUCCUGUGCAGAUAUUGAUGAAUGUCAGAAUCUAGAGACCUGCAAUCAAAUCUGCUUUAACUUGAAGGGCAGCUUUAAAUGCGAUUGCCAUAAAGGAUAUCACCUGGACCUACUCAGUGGGGUUUGCAAAGCUCUAGGUGAUGAGCCGAGUGUGAUGUUUGCAAAUCGCUAUGAUAUCAGGAAAAUCGGAUUGCAUCACUUGGAAUACACUCUGGUGGUUGACCAGUUGAGAAAUGCUUUAGCACUUGAUGUUGACAUUGGAACUCGGAAAAUCUUCUGGGCUGACUUGGUAUAUCAGGCAAUAUUUAGUAAAUCAUUGUCUGAACAAGAUGGUGGAAUGGGUAUCUCCAAAGCUAUCAAGGAUGUAAAAAUUCCUGCGGGAAUUGCUGUUGACUGGAUCUACAAGAACAUUUAUUGGACAGAUGUGGGAAUUAAAACACUGUCUGUGGCCAACUUUAAUGGAACCAGAAGGAAGAUUCUCUUUCAAACUGAAAUGAAGGAACCUUCUUCUGUAGUUGUUGAUCCACUAUCUGGGUUUAUAUUCUGGUCGGACUGCGGUGAGCCAGCAAAGAUUGAAAAAGCAGGAAUGAAUGGUGCUGCCCGCCAGCUGUUGGUAACCAGUGGGAUUCAGUGGCCAAAUGGCAUUGCACUAGACCUUGUGAAGAGGCGUCUCUAUUGGGUUGAUUCCAAGCUGCACACGUUGUCAUGCGUAGAUCUAAAUGGUCAAGAUAGAAGAAUGCUAUUACACUCUGGAAUAUUCCUUGGCCAUCCUCUUGCUCUAGCUAUGUUUGAGGAUCGUGCCUUUUGGAUUGACAGCGAGAGUGAAAACAUUCAUAGUGCCAACAAGUUUACGGGGGCCAAUGUGCUAACUUUAGCCUCCAAUCUUGAUGAACCUCAUGAUAUUAUUGUUUAUCAUGAUUUAGUUCAGCCAUCAGGCAAAAACUGGUGCAAUCAGAGUUUUAAUGGAGGCUGUGAAUAUCUCUGUCUUCCUGCUCCUCAGAUCAAUAUUAAUUCAACUAAAUUCACAUGCGUUUGUCCAGAUGGCAUGCAAUUGAUUGAAAAUGGAAAUCGGUGUAUAAAUGCUUCAAACGCCACUUGUGGGGCAUCAGAUUUCAUUUGCCAUAAUGGGCAAUGCUUACUUAGUAAAUGGAGGUGUGAUGGUGAUGUGGAUUGUCAAGAUGGAUCUGACGAAAGCCCAGCACUCUGCGACAUGGAUACCUGUGCUAUUGAUGAAAUCCACUGUGGCCCAAGGUCAUUAAGGUGCAUUCCAGUCUCUUGGAAGUGUGAUGGAGAGAAGGACUGUGAAAGUGGAUAUGAUGAAGAGGAUUGUGGCAAUCUUUCUUGCGGUACAGAUGAGUUUACUUGCUCCAUUGGCAGAUGCAUUUCUGUGGCCUUUGUAUGUAAUGGUGAAGAUGAAUGUGGUGAUGGCAGUGAUGAACAGGGUUGUCCUACGCAUUCCUGUGCUCCACACGAGUUUCGUUGCACAAAUUCUGAAUGUAUCCCUUCCAGUUCGGUAUGUGACAACCGUGUAGAUUGCACUGAUGAAUCUGAUGAAUCGUGGGUGCAGUGUAAGAAUAUUCUUGCUCCUGCAACCUGCUCUCCUGAUGACUUCCUUUGUGGUUCUGGUGAAUGCAUCCACCGUCGCUGGUACUGUGAUGGUGAUACGGAUUGUAAAGAUGGAAGUGAUGAAGUCAACUGCUCUUCUCUGACAUGCCGACCAGAUUCCUUUCAAUGUGGUGAUGGCAGCUGCAUUUCAAAAAGCAAGGCAUGUAAUGGGUUUAAGGAUUGCUCUGAUGGUAAUGAUGAGCUGAAUUGCAAGAAUGAAUGCACAGGUCCCAAUGACUUUAAAUGUCAAAGUGGAGAAUGCAUAGAUCAAAUCAAACUCUGUAAUCGGCAUGCAGAUUGCAAGGACUGGAGUGAUGAGCCUCUCCAGUUAUGCCACUUAAAUGAAUGCUUGGAAAACAAUGGUGGUUGUUCCCACAUUUGCAGAGAUUUUGCCAUAGGUUAUGAAUGUGAUUGCUCUUCUGGCUUUGAGCUGAUUGACGGAAAGAUCUGUGAAGAUAUUAAUGAGUGUGAAAAUCCUGGCAUCUGCAGUCAAAUUUGUAUUAAUUUGAAAGGAAGCUACAAAUGCGGAUGUUUUGCAGGAUAUCGCUUGGAUUCUAUUAAUCAAGUCUGCAAGGCAGUAGGAAGCAAGUAUUGCAAGGAACCUUCCUUGAUCUUCACAAAUCGCCAUGAAAUCCGGAUGCUAGGAUUGCAUGACCAGGAGUACACACAGGUUGCUACACAACUGAGAAAUGCUGUAGCACUGGAUGCUGAUAUUGCAGAGGGGAGAAUCUUCUUGGCUGACGUGGGUCAGCGGGCUAUCUUCAGUUUGCCCAUGCAUGAGGGAAAAACUGCAAGUGCUUCAAGAAUUCUUGAUGUUGACAUUCCAAGGGGCAUUGCGGUGGACUGGAUCUAUAAGCACAUUUACUGGACUGACCAUGGUGCUAAAACUAUAUCUGUGGCCUCAUUUGAUGGCGUUCAAAAGAAGAUACUCUUUAACACAAGCCUAGGAGAACCAACGUCUGUGGCAGUUGAUCCACUGUCGGGGUUUAUUUACUGGUCAGAUCUUGGAGAACCACCGAAGAUAGAAAAAGCUGGCAUGAAUGGCAUUAAUAGGCAGCCUUUGGUUACCACAGAGAUCGAAUCACCAAAUGAUAUUACACUUGAUCUUGUGAAAAGCUGUCUCUAUUGGGUUGACUCAAAACUGCACGUGCUGGCAAGUAUUGACUUGGAUGGACAAAAUAGAAGAACGGUGCUCUUCUCCUUUGAAUUGCUUGGUCAUCCUUGUGCUGUUGCAGUAUUUGAGGAUCGCGUAUUCUGGGCUGAUGUAGUAAAUGCAGCCAUUUAUGGAGUUGACAAAUAUACUGGAGGAGAUGUGGUGACUCUAGUUUCCAACCUUUAUCAGCCUCAAGAUGUCAUUGUUUAUCACCCAUUAAUGCAGCCAACUGGCAAAAAUUGGUGCAAUGAGAAACUGAAGAAUGGAGGUUGUGAAUACCUGUGCCUCCCUUCUCCACAGAUUGAUCAGCUCCCAAAAUACACCUGCGUCUGUCCAUCUGGAAUGGAUGUGGAAAAUGAAAGGCAAUGUAAAGCAGAUUCCCUAGGAAUAAAAGUUGUCCACGUUCUAGGCACCAGGAGAACUGCAGAUGAUAAAACCAGGUUCAACCCACUUCAUGAAGCUGGCAUUGGGCAACAGCAUGACUUGUUGACCACCAUUGUUGGGAUUGCUGCUGUCAACAGGGUGGCCUUUUGCUCAAUGUCAUAA